AUGUUCACCGUAACACCCUCAUCUUCUUCUUUAUCUCCCGAAGGCCCCACUCCACAGGAAAACCAACACGAUCAUGGUCUCGUAUCAGCUUCAACAGCCAAUACUCCUAACCAAAUCUUCAACAAGCCAUCGAGCUCAACAGUGGCCAACGCUAUCAACACUGGUGUCAAGAUAGAUGAUGUCAACCCCGUUGAAAGCCUGAAAGAAUUGCUGAAAUGUAUCUUGACGAUCAUCCAAGGAUAUUCCGAUUUCUCACAUUCAUCGAAUUUGUACUUGUCGUCUUUGGACCACUACAGACUGAGGACCGAGAAGCUGUUAGGCUUUGCUCGUAGACUCGAAAACGUUCCUUCUCCUGUGGUCAUUUUGGACGAUGCCAAUGAUGGUGAUUGCGAUGAUCACCAAGACCCGGAGAUAGAUACGCCAUCGAGACAAGAUCUGAUGAGGGAGAUAUACAAAUUGGAAGAAGAAUGGUGGAAUAGCGAAGUAGUUGCAAGUUGGUACGGACCUAGACCACGACCUAGGUACACGUCAAGAAGGUUAUCAUCUUCACACAAAGGUAUACAAGACCUUCAAGUUCUAUCGAUCGCUCAGCCCACCACGAACAUCCAACAGAACUCUAUGUCUUCUCCUCCUCCAACUACGGUAAAUGUCAGUCCUAGCCCUAAGAAAAGCAAGACGGGUAUGACCCUGAUCGAUCAACAGAGGGCCCGAAGACACAGAAUCAGCCCAAGAGAUCUCACUGCGUUGACUGAAGAAGAGCGUGAAUCGCCUCAUGAGGAUGAUUUGUCGGAGACCAGAACAAAGACAAUCACCCGAAGGAAUGCCGCGACGCAAGCUCAAGUAUCUAUUUUGACGGAUGUAGGAUGGUUAAGGAGGGAUUCGAGUUACGUAGGAUUACAUGACGAGUGA